GUACACUCAGAGGAGACGCUCAAAAGUACGUGGCCGGCAGCUGUUGUGCACGGUCACUGUCACACUUGGCUAAGAAACACCUCCUAUAUAAAUUAAAACACACGGUUUUUCCUCAGCAGCCGGCAGAGAGUUGAUUAUUGAGAGACACACGGAACUAGAGUUUGGCAUUCCUUUAUUCCACUCGGACAUAUUUAUAAUCCGGACAACAGAAACAUCGCAUUCUUGCCAAGUAUGCCGGAUAUGUCGCUUUUAGUAUGAUCUGGGUGUAAAUGCUUUUUGUCCUAUUGCGCGUUGUGAAUCACGGUGGAAAGACACACGAUUGUAUAUCGGGGGUGUAAUAAAUGUCAGCAUGGAGUCGGGACGGCGGAGAGGUUUGAGCAGUGUCCUGUCCUCCCUGUCUCUGCUCUGUGUGGUCUUGGACCUACAGCUGGACGGUGUGUUAGGAGCAACACCUGUUGAGAUUGAACAUCACCUGGAAAUGGGCCGCAAGCUGCUGGCAGCCGGACAGCUGGCUGAGGCCCUGUCUCACUAUCAUUCAGCUGUGGAGGGUGACUCUAAGAACUAUCUGACAUACUACAAACGGGCCGCCGUUUUCUUGGCUAUGGGAAAGUCCAAGUCAGCUCUGCCUGACCUGUCCCAGGCCAUACAGCUCAAGCCAGACUUCCUUGCGGCCAGACUGCAGAGGGGUAAUAUUCUCCUGAAACAGGGAAGUACUCAAGAGGCUAGAGAAGAUUUCCAAGCAGUACUGAAGCGUUCCCCGAAUCAUGAGGAAGCACACGAUCAGCUCCGCAAGGCAGAGGAGCUGGAGUUUCUCCUAGAAGAGGCGCAUAAGGCUCAUCACCGUGGAGACUGCAUCACUACUGUGCAGGUGCUGGAGAAAGUCAUAGAGCUCUCUCCUUGGGAUCCAGAGUCUCGGGAACUAAGAGCCGAGUGCUACAUCCGACUCGGGGAUCCACGGAAGGCAAUUAUGGACCUGACACCAGCAACGCGUCUCCGUGCGGACAACCGAGCAGCCUUCCUCAAGCUCAGCCAGCUCCAUUACAGUUUAGGCGAUCAUCACGACUCGCUUAAUCAGGUCCGUGAGUGUCUCAAGCUGGAUCAGGAUGAUAAGGAGUGUUUUGCUCACUACAAACAGGUCAAGAAGCUCAGCAAGCAGCUGGACUCUGCAGAAGAGCUCAUCUCAGAACAGAGGUAUCAGGAGGCCAUUGAGAAAUAUGAAACUGUGAUGCGAACAGAGCCGAAUGUGGCUUUCUACACUAAUAAAGCAAAGGAGAGGAUCUGCUUCUGCUUAGUCAAAAUGAAGAGUGCUGAGGAGGCCGUAGACAUUUGUUCAGAAGCCCACCAGAGAGAACCUCAGAAUAUCCACAUCCUCCGGGACAGAGCUGAAGCCUACGUCUUACUGCAGGAAUAUGAGAAAGCUGUGGAGGACUAUCAGGAGGCACGGGAGUUUGAUCAGGACAAUCAGGAGAUUCGUGAAGGUCUCGAGCGAGCGCAGAAGCUCCUCAAGCAGUCUCGCAAGAGAGACUAUUACAAGAUCCUGGGGGUCAGCAGGAGUGCCAACAAACAGGAAAUCAUAAAAGCCUAUAGAAAGCUGGCUCAGCAGUGGCAUCCUGAUAAUUUCCAAUCUGAAGCAGACAAGAAAGAGGCAGAGAAAAAGUUUAUUGAUAUCGCAUCAGCAAAAGAAGUGCUCACUGAUCCAGAAAUGCGUCAAAAAUUUGAUUCCGGUGAGGACCCUCUGGACCCUGAGAAUCAGCAGGGUGGAGGAGGUGGAGGAGGUAGAGAAUGGCCCUUUGGCUUCAACCCCUUUGAGGGCGGAAACUUUCACUUCAAGUUCCACUACAACUGACAACAGAGAGGCUGAUGCGGUGUAAACGGACAAUGAUUUGGACUAAGAAACCUGGCUAGAGAACCUGCUUUAUCCAAACUGAACUUUGGAGGAAACUUAUCAAACAAGGAGUUUUUGUUGCUGAGACUUGAAUCUACAGGCUGUUUUGGACUUCUCCAGGAGCAAAUUACUUGAUCGGGCAAACGCCUAGUUUGGUGUUUGAUUUCCUGUCCUUCAAUACGUAAAAUGGAGUCUAGUUGAACUUGGAGUUUUAACCCCAGCUGAGUCAUUUUGGCUCAAAAUGUUUGAUCUUUCUUUGACACGUGUGCCAUCUUUAGCAUAACUUUUUGUUUUUUCAUUGUCUUUUUAAUUUUUUCUGCUGCUUAUGUUUGUUUUCUUUGAAUAACACUCCAGAAUUUAGGGUUGUGGUUUCUUUUAGACUGUGCCAUGUAUUUCUGACACCAGUAUGCCAUACUUGCGUUCUUAAAGCUUCAGCUCUGACAUGCCGGCAGUCGUCAAAUAGAUAAAACAGUAUUGCACGCUUUUUGGCAAUGAAGGUACCUUUUUCUCAUAUCUUUGUCUCAUUUUUAUAAAUAUAUUUUUUUAACCCAUCUGCAUAAACCCUCCACAAAUUAUAACGCUUCGUAACUGCUUCAUAGCCUGACACCUUUGAUCUGGUACCAGUUGCACAAUUUUUUUGUACUGAAAUCUUUACUAGUUUACACCACAGAAUGGUUAUUAUCCUUUGACAGCUAGUGCAGAUGAUAAAUCAUAUGACAGGCUAUAAAGCAGUCUUUAUUUGAAGUUUUUUUUUUUUGUCUAAUAUAUCAACAUGUCAAUGUCCCACAACAAAGCUUUGAAACUAGGUUUUGUAAACUUAACAAGUUACCCCUGCACUUUCGAGUUAAAGAUCAACCAACUCAAGAAAUCGUUAGCUACUGGAGGAAAAAAGAAUCAAAUGUAGCAAAAUCAAUUUAAAUGGUUUGCUUGGGUUAUUUUCUGGGUUUAUACUUGUUAGUUUGCGGCUGACAUGCCAAUGCAAAGUCUCCUUUGACCUUACUGUUGUUAAGGACUUGGGUCUUCCUAAUGUUUUAUGCUUGUUUUUCAUUUGUUUUAAGCUAAACAAAUACGUGAAAAUCUCCAAGAUAUACUGUAUUUAAGAAAGAGUAUUGAAGA